AUGCGCUUCCUGAUCACCAGAUUUCUGUCCCUUCAAGUCAUCACUGCCUACUACUUAAACCUAACUUACUACCGGGCCAUACGUGUUUUGCCACCUCGUCAAUACGCGGUUAAGAACGAAACCUCAUCCAAUGACACGGUGCUGGACAGUUGUCUCCAAUCUGUGAAGCCGGACGGGAGCGACUCAAUGAAUCUCACGGAUGUUGCAAGGACUUAUUGUGCCGACGACAAGAAUAUCAGUACAUUGUACGGACAGGUCCAAUCCAAAAAUGGCUUUGUGCCAGGUCUUGGCAAUGCAACCCUCGAUCACGGUUCUUUAGAAAUGGGAAAGAUGUCAGACUCCAAUAUCUCCGACUCAAGCGAGCAAAGUUCAACCAGCAUCAACGCAAAUCCGAAGGAUGAGUCUCCCGAAACAGCUUCAACUAUGGAUCCAUUGUCAGAGAUGAUCGGCGAGGGCAAUGAAAGCGAAGGUAGACAAAUGCCAGAGAUGGAAAAAUAUCGAAUGUGUGGAACGAACUCGACUAGCCACAAAGUUAUCGACAGAAUAUGCCAAGGCGACGAAGACCCAUUAAUUGAAUUGCCUUGA